GUUGCUCAGAGGUGUCAUGCGCAGAGCUGAAGGGCAGAGUAAACAGCAGUGAGUCACAGCUUAAACACUAGUGUUUCUCCACAGAUAAUGGACAUGAGUACCAACGAGUGCUUUGGAUGUGGCCGCUCCGGACACUGGAUCAAGAACUGUCCCAACUCUAGUCGUGGUCGUGGCAGGGGCCGGGGGCGAGGAAAGGAUCUCUUCUGCUACCGGUGUGGUGAGCAAGGGCACAUUGCCAGGGAUUGUGAACAGACAGAGGAUGCAUGUUAUAACUGCCACAGGAGUGGCCAUAUUUCCAGAGACUGCAAAGAGCCCAAAAAGGAAAGGGAGCAGUGCUGCUACAACUGCGGCAAAGCUGGUCAUGUGGCACGUGACUGCGACCAUGCCAAUGAGCAGAAGUGCUACUCCUGCGGAGGCUUUGGACACAUCCAGAAAUUAUGCGACAAGGUGAAAUGUUACCGGUGUGGCGAGAUCGGGCACGUGGCGGUACAGUGCAGCAAGGCGACGGAAGUGAACUGCUACAACUGUGGCAAGACCGGUCACCUGGCCAGGGAAUGCACCAUCGAAGCUUCCGCUUAACCCUGUUUCAUCUGUCUCCCCUCCUUUCUUGAUUGGUUGUUUUGUUUCUCUGAAUCCUCUUCAGUGGCCAAACACUGGCACACAGAUGCUGCUCCCGGGCCAGUGAGCUGCUUUCAGUUUCAUUUUUUCCUUCUUAAUAAUGAAGAAAAGGGGUCAAAAUCAUUAUGCAUUCAAAACCAAAUGUUUCUUUAGAUAGAGGUGUAAUAUGUGACGCUUCGUUAAAAGAACCCUUUUCCAUGCCGCUGGUGAAAGUUCGGUUACUGGGACAUCAUGUGCCACAUCGGACCUCUAAGCUCACCCAUUUGAAUCUCAGAUGAGAUGUGAGAAGGAAGUCAGGGGAGGCUGAGUUCUUUAAUACAUUUUUUGUGGUUAUAUGGAGACAAGUGCUAGUUGGAUUUAAAGAGGGUAUGACGGACAAAACCAUUUCCAGCAAAGGAAGUCCACCUCAUUCUGGUCCCCACCUGCAGUUCAUUGCACAGAGUGUGGAAACUCAUGAAAUGUUAUAUUGGUAUAUUCUAGAGUAAUUGAGAGAAAUCGUUAAUUGUGAUUUUUCUUAUUUUCUUUAUAUUUUGUUUGACUUUUUCUAAAAAGUUAUGUUUGUAAGUACAUCCAGCAUUGCUUGAUAAUGCUGAAAUGUAAAGAUAGUGGAAGUAAUUUUAGUCCAUUCUACCUGAAAUUAACCAGACCAAUAGAAAGACUUGUGGAUUAAGUGACAAUUUGCAAACAGAAUGUUUUCACAGAAAUCAAAUUUUAUUUUUGUACAAUAUCACUUGGACUACUGAAAGAAUAUAAUUUGCUUGUACUCAGUUUUUAAGUCAGAAGGAAGUUGCAACUGAAUUCCUAGAACAUAGAAUUGUAAUUUUAAGCUAACAAUAAAGCUUUGCCUGCAUUAU